UUAUACCAAUGAAUAUACUCUUUAUUAUUUCCUGUACGGCAGACGAUUACAGUGCACACGGAUCGUUUUAAUUAUUUAAAUAUGUGUUGGGCAAAUAAAGUUUGUUUUCUCAUCCCGUUGAAUUCGGCCGGCGUUGUUAUUGGUGUUGGGAAUAUUAUAUUUUCAACAAUCGUAACAAUUGCGACGAUGACGAUGAUUCUCAUACAAGAGUAUACCGUCCACCACGACGAGCAACAUAUUCUGCAGCAUCUGUUCAAGAUUGACAUGACGAAGGCAGUGAUCGAGAUAAUAAUAAUAAUAGCUCUGUUGAUUGGCACGCUCGGGAUACCUUUUUCUAUUUGCCUCCUUGUUGGAGUAAGGAAGAACAUUCCGAGCCUGGUCCUGUCGUACUUCGUUUAUGGGAUCAUUGUGACCAUUAUAUGUAUCCUGGCCGCGCUUCUAGAAGUCAUACAUAAUUUUUGGAUAAUCGCCGCUGUUAAGAUUAUUUUAGUUUUAAUCAACAUCCAUAUUUUGGUAGUGGUACACACUAUUUACGAACUGAUGAGCCGGGGUAAAAUAUUUAGAAGUAAUAAUCACAGCUUGCUGGAUGAAGAAGGUUUAUGGGACUCUAACAUGGACAAAUAAAUUGGUAGCCAGAGCCGUAAGACAUACCUACGGAUGGUUAAAAAAUAUGGUUUUAGUUACAUGAAGAAAUAAGAUAUAUGUAAGACUAGGCAAUAUGGUCGUAAGACUAUAGCCUGUCCUCUAAGGACGAAGAAAAAAAAUGAAGAAACAACACCAGAUUUCUAUUGUUUAAGGCUUUAUUAUAUAGACCUUAGGGAUUAUUUUUACCACGGGAGUAAUAGCAACUUUGGCCUUUAAGUGUUUAAAAUCAUGUUAACUUACUGAUCAUACGUUAAUAUGUGAUUAUGUUUAUGAUAAACGCUAUGAUAAAUGCUAUGACUUGUCAUGGGUUAAAGCAUGGUUACACCACUUUCCCAAAUCGAAAUAUUAAUGUAUUAAAGCUUGCAGAAGCCAAAAAAAAACAAAUUGUAAUAAUUUACUACAACAAAGUGACUAAAAAGGAUUGAUUAAAAAUUGUUAUCAAUUACCUCAUAUUAUCAUUAGUUAGAUGUAAGUAUCUCAGUUUGUUGUAUAAUUUCUGACCAGAUAGAACGACUGAUGGAUAUACUUAAAAAUGAAAUAAAGAUUACAUAGUAUAUA